AUGCCCACAAUCCUCCCACCAUGGCCACACGUUCUCUUCGGCAUCCUUGAACCCUUCUCCCUAGUCCUCGGCAGCCUCGCCCCCAUCUACGAUCUGGACGGCUUCAUUGCCGGCCAAACACCACACGCCGACCCACCCAUUUCGCACCCCAGCACACUGGCCUUAGCCUAUCAAAUCGGCAACCUAUAUUCCCUCCUCUUCCUCGUUGGCGUUGGAAUCCUGCACACAACCACCGAACCCAAAGUCAUCCGCAAUUACAUGAUUGGUCUGGCCAUCGCCGACGUUGGUCACGUCUACGCCACUUAUCUCGGGAUGGGCUGGAACGCCUUUGCUGAUGUUGGUGCCUGGAAUGCGUUGACCUGGGGGAACAUUGGUGUCACGGCGUUCCUGUUCUUGAACAGACUGGGAUAUCUGGCCGGAUUGUUCGGGUCUGCAAGAGCGCCGAAGGUAGUUUCGAAGAAGGAAUAA